CGCUUUCUGUGCGUAUGGGUAUGUACAUCUGCAUGUGGAUGUGGGUGUAUAUACACUCGUUAUCAAUACCUGUUUGUGCUUACGUGUGGCUCAAGACAAUUAGCGUCUUGGCACGCUGGUGAUGUCACCCUUCUUGGUCGUCUGUCCUCUUACCACAGUAGAGUUACGUAGCCACAUCUGCUCACCUCCUCAUUGUUAAGAUCCGCUGUGUGACGGCGACCUGCAACCCACCUCGCCACCCAUGCUAGGCCCACCCUUUCUCUAAGUCCAUAUACAGAGACAGUCUCUUCCCCGGCCGCCGAUUACUUCCUUCGUAGUGCAACCAGCAUGUCUGGAACCCCGAACCCGCACUCCGUCCCGCCGAAACAAUGACGGCUCGUUAUGCCGCGUUGAAGCGCAACGCGAGAAAAGAUCGCAUACACCGCUCGGCCGCCACCACUUUUUAUCUCGUUGGCUUCUUUAUCAGCGUGCUGGCCAUUUACAGUGCCCUGCAUCCGCAACUUGCGCAAUAUGGCCCAGCAACCGCGUUUGUCAAGCGCGGCACGCAAGCGCUUCCAGCCGAAGAUUUGGAGUGUCGCCUGGUUCAUCGAGCGAACGACAAGUGCGCAUUCGUGAAAGAGAAUUGCGUCGACGAAGAAGCCGGUCUCUUUUCGUACCUUCAACUCUACUACUGCGACCUGGAACAUGUGAAGCCCCUCGCUUUUGGUAUCAUAGUUCUGUGGCUGUGUCUUCUAUUUAGCACUAUUGGAAUAGCGGCUAGCGACUUCUUUUGCAUCAAUCUAAGUACGAUAGCGCAUCUGCUCGGCCUAAGCGAAAGUCUUGCUGGUGUCACAUUCCUCGCAUUUGGCAAUGGCAGCCCAGACGUUUUUUCCACUUUUGCCGCGAUGAGCACCAACAGCGGAAGCUUAGCUGUGGGCGAACUAAUAGGCGCAGCAAGCUUCAUUACAGCCGUCGUCGCAGGGGCCAUGGCAUUUGUGCGGCCUUUUAAGGUUGCACGCAGAAGUUUCGUAAGAGAUGUUUCCUUCUUCAUCGUCGCUUCGUCCUUUAGUAUGGCCUUCUUAAUCGACGGAAAACUCUAUCUUUGGGAGUCUAUGGCAAUGGUUGGUCUAUAUAUAUUUUACGUCAUAUCUGUAGUGAUCUGGCAUUGGUGGUUCAGUAGGCGGAAGCGGAGAAAACAAGCUGAGGCUGCCGCGAGGGCUCAGUUUGUUUCUUCGGGCUCUGAAGUGGCCGAAUUCCCAGCGUACCGUGACGAAGACGAACCUGAACAAGAUGAUCGACCAAUCCCACGACGAGGCAUUUCUACAGAAGAUAUAUCGUUGCUCGAAAGAGGGAGAGGAGAUGAUGACGAUGAUGAAGAGGACGAGGAGGAUCGCAGAAAACGGGAGCUGGGGGAGAUAAAUAACGAGAUGAGGCUUGCUCGACCUAGAUUGCGAGAUAGAAGCGGCACCCACAACCCGGUUCGUCCAAGCUUGAUCGGCGCAUUGGAGUUUCGGUCAGUAUUAUCAGGUCUUCAAAGAUCUGGUAAUAUUCAGUCUUUUCCGUUGCACAGACGGCUUUCGGAUGACGGCGGAGCAGGGUCUAACACAUUUCGCAACACGAGUUCACGAGACGGGAGGUCCAUGAUCUCUGAGCCUGCCUCACGAGAACCGUUUCAGCUAGAUGGUGGAAGUGACGAUUCUUGGAACCCCUAUCAUCAGCAUUCAGAAGCGAUACAAGGCUUACGUUCGCGAGCCAUAUCCGCACCUGAUCCGGCUAUGAUACGUCACGCAGCAGAGACCGUACCGAAUACUGAUUUGCUUGGGCCGCUUACCGAAGAUGAUAGUGUAUCUAGAGGCUCACCAAACCGUCAAGACACCGUCCAACUUGCAGCACCCCUUUCUUCAGCGGUAUCGCCAUCGCCGACAGUGUCGAGCCAAACAUCUAGGUCGAACAGUCCUACACAGUCUCAUACUCAGACUACCAGUUCUUCGCCACACCUUGCAGUUCCGAAUCCUUUCUCUCAUCAACCUCAUCUAACAAUCCCCCGAUCCCCCAUAGGACCAGCACCAGUCAAUUGCGCUAAUGGUCCUUCCAGCGCCAAACCACAGAGACCAUUGCUUCGGAUUCCAUCCAACGGUUUGGGUUUUGCUCCAUACAGUGAUAACAUCUCGCCUAGCGCUCGAACCCCAACUAUUGUUCUGCCAUCACCUAGCCUGGCUCUAGCAGAGCAGAAUCCAAUUGAGAUCCACUUUAGAUCCACUUCUCCAAAACCUCCUAGGUGGUGGCCUACCAAUAUUUUGCCUGCGCCGUUUGAAUUGUGGUCGACUUUGUUUCCGACCUUAUGCGGAUGGGUCGAAAAGUCCUGGUGGGAGAGAAUGCUGGGACUAGCUGCGGCCCCGAGUAUUUUCUUCCUGACAAUAACGCUGCCUGUGGUUGAAACUGACGUGGACAACGAGAGCCUGGACGACGACAUUCCAGACCUCACCCUUUCUAGUACUUACCAAAACGCGACCAUGGAUCGAAGGAAUUCCAGCAUUAUUCCAAUUUUGGUCGAGCCGGAAGAGUAUGAAAGCGAACAUAACCAGACCGCUCAACUUCGCAACGUCCCCACACCAGUCUCACGUGGACAGUCUGAACAUGGCACAGUAGUGACAAUUAUGGCUUCAAACGAAAAUCUGCAUCAACAUACUCGACAUGAAUCCGACAGGACAUCUGUUCGUGCCUAUGAUUCCAAUCAUCAACAGCCGAUAAUCCUUUCACCAGUGGACAGACAAAUAACACAAUCACCAGAUCAGCUUCCAACCACGGCUAAACUACCCUCCUCCCGAGAUUGGACACGUUGGCUCGUUAUUAUACAGAUAUUCACCGCUCCAUUCUUCGUUGCACUUAUAUACUGGGCGAAAAUGAACGAUGCUGAAGAGCUUCGAGAACUCGUCCGGCCUGCGUUGAUCGGAUUGAUCUGCUCGCUUGUUGCACUCGCUUUCGUUCUGGCAACUACAUCACCGGAUCGUGCCCCGAAAUGGCGGGUGGGACUCUGCUUUGUGGGUUUCAUGGUCAGCAUCACAUGGAUCAGCAGUAUUGCCGACGAGGUCGUGGGUGUAUUGAAGGCAAUUGGCGUCAUAUUAAAUAUCUCGGAUGCCAUUCUAGGGCUAACCAUCUUUGCUGUGGGAAACUCGCUAGGAGACCUUGUCGCUGACUAUACGGUCGCAAAGCUGGGUUAUCCAGUCAUGGCGCUCAGCGCAUGCUUCGGUGGACCGAUGCUGAAUAUUCUGCUUGGCAUUGGUCUAUCCGGUUGCUAUCUGACGAUCAAGCAUGCUCGCAAGAAGCAUGCGAAGCAUCCUGGCAAACAAUUGCAGUUUAAACCUUACGAGAUUGAAGUUAGCAGAACACUCAUGAUCAGUGGUGCUACACUCCUCGUCACAUUGCUGGGCUUGCUGAUCAUUGUGCCUUUGCGAAGGUGGAAGAUGGAUCGUUUCAUUGGAUGGUGCCUAGUCAUUAUUUGGACGGCCAGCACAGUGAGCAAUGUCCUCGUGGAGGUCUUGGGUAUCGGUGAGAACGCGUAGUUUGGCCGUCACGUCUGGGUUUUGAUAAUUAAAGCAAGAUGACUAAUUCGAUAUACCCUGAGCUAGACUCUUGUUCCUACUUAUUUUGAUAAGAUGAUUCAAUGUUGA